AUGUCUCGCAACGCUCUCGUCACUGGUGCUGCUCGAGGUAUCGGACGCGCCAUUGCUCUCCGUCUUGCUAGAGAUGGUCUCAAUGUUGCUGUGAAUGAUAUCAAAGCAAGUUCUUCAGCUCUCAAUAAUGUUCAACAAGAAAUCAAAAAAAUAGGUAGAAAAUCUGUGGCAAUCACUGCUGAUGUUUCUGUUGAUAAAGCAGUCGAAACAAUGAUGCAGAACGCUGCAAAAGAACUGGGCAGUUUAGACGUCGUAGUCGCUAAUGCAGGAAUCGCCCAAGUGAAACCGAUUCUUGAUAUAACUACAGAAGAUUGGGACAAGAUUUUCGCAGUCAAUAUGAGGGGUGCGUUUCUUUGCUACAAAGAAGCUGCUAAAAUCAUGAUUGCUCAAGGUAUGGGAGGUAAAAUAAUAGGUGCCUCCAGUAUCGGUGGACACAGAUCAGCUCCCAUGCUGAGUCAUUAUUGUGCUAGCAAAUGGGGUGUGCGUGGCCUUACGCAAGCCGCUGCCUUGGAAUGGGCCAAACACAAAAUUACAGUCAAUGCUUACUGCCCAGGUAUGUUUCAUACCGUUUUUCUUUAA